AUGACCCACAUGCUGCGCGCGGCGGCCCGCCGGCUGCAAUGGAGCCGCUCCAGCGCCGCGAAGCGCGCUGCCUGCCUGCUGGCCGCGGCGUACGGGCUGAAGGUGCUCUACCCCGUCCUCCGGCGGCGGCUGAGGCGGGCGGGCAGCCGCGCUGAGCCGGGCCGGGGGGCGGCGCAGGGCGGCGGCGGCCGGGGCAGAACCUCGCCGGCGGUCAACGCGGAGUUCUUGAAACAGCUGCUGGAGCUGCGCAGGCUGUUCUUCCCUAAGCUGGUCAGCGCCGAGCUCGGCUUGUUGUGCCUCCACUCCAUCGCGCUGGUUUCCAGGACCUUCCUCUCCAUUUAUGUGGCGGCCCUCGACGGGAAGAUCGUGAAGAGCAUCGUGGAAAAAGAGCCCCGGAGCUUUGUCGUCAAGUUGGUCAAAUGGCUGAUGAUCGCCAUCCCGGCCACUUUCGUCAACAGCACCAUCCGGUACCUGGAGUGCAAGCUGGCCCUCGCCUUCCGCACGCGCCUGGUGAAUCAUGCCUACGAGAUCUACUUCGCCAACCAGACCUACUACCGAGUGAUCAGCAUGGAUGGGCGGCUGGCCAACCCCGACCAGUCCCUCACCGAGGACAUCAUGAUGUUCUCGCAGUCGGUGGCUCACCUCUACUCCAACCUCACCAAGCCCAUCCUGGAUGUCAUGCUCACCUCCUACACCCUGAUCCGCACAGCACGCUCCCGGGGUGCCAAUCCCAUCGGGCCCACGCUGCUGGCCGGCCUUGUUGUCUACGCCACGGCCCGCGUGCUCAAAGCCUGCUCGCCCAAGUUUGGCAAGCUGGUGGCCGAGGAGGCGCACAAGAAGGGCUACCUGCGCUUCAUGCACUCGCGCAUCAUUGCCAACGUGGAAGAGAUCGCCUUUUACCGGGGGCACAAGGUGGAAAUGAAACAACUGCAAAAAAGCUACAAGGCUUUGGCAGAUCAAAUGAAUCUCAUUUUAUCCAAACGCUUAUGGUACAUCAUGAUAGAGCAGUUCCUGAUGAAGUACGUCUGGAGUAGCUGUGGCAUGGUCAUGGUCGCUGUGCCCAUCAUCACCGCAACAGGAUUUGCAGAUGGCGAAUUAGAAGAUGGCCAGAAGCAGGCAAUGGUUAGUGAAAGAACAGAAGCUUUCACCACCUCACGAAACCUACUGAUCUCUGGUGCAGAUGCUAUUGAAAGGAUUAUGUCUUCAUACAAAGAGGUUACUGAGUUAGCAGGAUACACAGCCCGUGUCUACAACAUGUUUUCUGUCUUUGAUGAGGUGAAGAGAGGCAUCUACAAGAGAACUGCUGUUAUUCAAGGCGCUGAAAACAACAGUAAGAAUGAAGAUAAAAUAGAAUCACAUGUCAAUGGACCCUUAGAAAUCAAGGGAAAAGUUAUUGAUGUUGAAAAUGGAAUAAUUUGUGACAAUGUUCCUAUUAUUACCCCGAAUGGCGAUGUGGUGGUUUCCAGACUAAACUUCAAAGUUGAAGAGGGCAUGAAUCUUUUAAUCACUGGUCCCAAUGGGUGUGGAAAGAGUUCACUUUUCAGAAUUUUAAGCGGUUUGUGGCCUGUGUAUGAAGGAAUCCUCUACAAACCCCCUCCACAGCACAUGUUUUAUAUACCACAAAGACCCUACAUGUCCAUUGGAACACUGCGUGAUCAGGUCAUCUAUCCCGAUUCCGUGGAAGACAUGCAUGAGAAAGGCUACCAAGAUCAAGAUCUGGAGUGUAUCCUGCAUGUGGUUCAUCUGUACCACAUAGUUCAGAGAGAGGGAGGCUGGGAUGCCAUCAUGGAUUGGAAAGAUGUCUUAUCAGGAGGAGAAAAACAAAGGAUGGGCAUGGCUCGUAUGUUUUAUCAUAAGCCAAAAUAUGCACUGCUGGAUGAAUGCACGAGUGCUGUAAGCAUUGAUGUUGAAGGAAAGAUAUUCCAAGCUGCAAAAGCUGCCGGGAUAUCCCUGCUUUCUAUAACACACAGACCUUCUCUUUGGAAGUAUCACACUCACUUGCUGCAGUUUGAUGGACAAGGAGGCUGGCAUUUUGAACAGCUGAACACGGACGUCCGCUUGUCACUGAGUGAGGAAAAACAAAGACUGGAGUCCCAACUUGCAGGAAUUCCUAAAAUGCAGCACAGACUGAAUGAAUUGUGUAAAAUCUUGGGAGAAGACUCAGUGCUCAAAACAAUGGACAAAGAAGAAUGAAUAAUUUAUGUUUUUAGAAGUAUUUUUUUAGUUAAAAGCAUUACAAGUUCAGACAUUAUCCUUUGCAUGCGUUGUGCUAGAGGCUUGGAGCAUAGAGAAAUACAGCCAGCAGAGAAUAAUGCUCAGAAUGCUAUGUAAGACUUCAGCAUUUCAGUGUUAAGGAAGAAAGUGGUUGAACUGUGAAAGGAAAACAAGCAAGGGCACCGAGUAUAAGAUUAGUCGCUGCAGCUUAUGUUAAUUCCUAGUGAAAGCCCAAUUCACUGCAAAGAAGUAGCAACACUUUUAGGUUUUGUAGGUGAGUUUUGGCCUGAGACUCGGCCUGCAGAAUGAGCUCUUGUACCAGGUUACUGUGUGCGUAUGAUAUGCCUGCUACGCAGAGCAAACAUGGCAUGACACUCAGGCAUGGAGCACAGCAGAGGCAGCAUCUGGGUGAGUAUGUGGAUGCAUGCAAAAAUCUCAUUUGGGUAUAAGAAACUUUCAGCCCACGUGAAACAAAACUUUUCUACUACUGAGUAGCGUGCACGUCUUUGUCUGCAUCUCCAUAGGAAGUAAUGCAACAGGCUGACCAGAAGAUAACUGACUUGACAAACUACUGCCCUUGUGACAAGAGAAACAAGGAUGGAGCUAAAUAUGUAAUAUGCACGUGCUGUACUUUAUGCUGUGAUGCUCAACUUCAAAGGCUCUUUGCCCUUGGUGCUAUAUCCGUCCCUCUGGGGAGGUACUUGUCCCCUGUGUCGUAAUCUCUGGUGGGCGGAUGGAGCACUGGGCCUAACAUUAGGAGACCUUGUUUUUCUUCACUGAGUCAUUCAUCUGCUUCAUGGGCCUGACCCAGCCAGUGUGCACCUCUGAUCUGGUUCCUCCAUUGGUAAAAUCUCAGUGUAGGCACAUGUUUGUUCCAUGAGACCUUUUGUGAUGAGAACUGUAGGAGAGCGUGUCUGUUUCUAACCAUACACUGAAUU